CUGUUGACGAUUUAGUCAACGAAGAACAUGAAGGGGAAUUUGAAAACAUCAGCUUUGAAAGGGCGACGGAGACUUCAGUACCAAAAGAAUGGCUUUUCCAACUGAAUGAUAACCUCGGUUUGGAUGAAUAUGAGAGUCAACACGAUGGUUCAAGAGCUGAAAAAAAGGCAGAUGUCUCAGGCACAAAUGAAACACCGUUCACAUUAAGAAUACGAGGGCUGCCAGCAGAUACAAAUCAACAAUACUUAGAUUUGUAUUUCAAUGACGAUGACCUGUUCGGAGAUUGUAAAAUAUGUAAAGUGUCCCUUGAAACAAACGAAACAUCAGCUCUUAUUUAUCUAGAAAGCAAGGAAGAUUUAGAGAAAAUCAAGGAAAUGGCGCCACUAGAUAUGGACGGUACAAUGGUGUCGGUUGAAGAGUAUACAAGUGUUUGCAAUGAAGAGCCAACAUCCGUUCAUCUGCACACCAUUGAAGUCACAGGACCACCAAAUUCCAGUAUCAUAUCCGAAAGAAACAAAUCACUUUUAUCGAUGUACUUCAAAAAUUCGAGAAAAUCGGAGGGAGGAAAGAUUUCUGAAAUAAAAUUUGAGUCAAAUAAGGCUUUAAUUCAAUUCGAAACUGAAGAAGUUGCUCAAAGAGUUGUUGAAAAAGAAAGCCAUCGUUUAAGUGGUGUUGAAUUGACGGUAAAAUUGUACAACCCACCAAUAGACAAAAUCGUUGAAAGUGAGCACGAACAGACUUCAAUAGUUUUAUCAAAUCUACCAGAAUCGAUUGACGCCCAGUAUAUAGAACUCUUUUUUGACGAUGAAGAAAUAUUUGGCGAAGGUUUAGAGGUAUUGUUGGUAACAUUUAAUGACGAUCAUUCUUCUGCUAUUGUGGAGUUUAAAGACAAAGACGCUGCAAUAAAGGUACUGAAUGGACCGUCUUUAAAAAUGGAAGAUCGUGAAAUAAAAAUACAAACCUAUCUACCUGAAAAAGUGUGCAAGCCAAUACGGAAUGGUAUAGAAGUUCAUGGGCCACAACAUAUCGUCUCAGACACAAACAUCAAAAUGUUGAAAAAAUAUUUUGAAAGCCAGCGGUUUUCAGGUGGUAGUGAAAUUAUUGAUUCUUCCAUAUGUCCUGGAUUGGCAUGUUUCACUUAUGUGAGCGAAGAAGUUGCCAGAAGAGUUGUAGAUCGAAAACAUACGUUUAAAAAUCACCCACUUGACGUUAAUUUGAGAGAAAUGAAUAAAGUUGACAAACAGGGUCUACAUCCAUCAGCAGAUAAGUCUCUCAACACAAUAAAUGUCCUAGGAAUCCCAAAAGAAAUUGACAAGGAGUACUUGAUAUAUUUCUUUGAAAAUCUAGAUGAUGACAUAGAAGUGAAAGAAUUAUCACUUUGUGAUAAAAGUAGAAGAGCUACUAUUGAAUUUUCAACUUUAAAAGCGGUACAAAUAGUUAUGGACAAAAAGCCUUUAAACAUAAAAGGUACCGAAUUGAUAAUUGAGCAAUGGAAACCGAUGAAAAUGUGCACAAUAUCUGUACAAGGGCCAGAUGAUAUUCAACAGUACAUGGAUAAACUGGAGCUUUAUUUCAAAAACAGAAAAUCGGGAGGAAACUCCAAAAUAAUUGACAGCUGGGUAGACAUGGAAAAAGAUGCAGCAUUUUUCACUUACGAAGAAGAAGCCGUUGCAAAAAACGUAGUCCAAAAGGGGCAACACAGAUUGGGAAAACAAAAGUUGAACGUUCGUUUAUGUACCGAAACGAUGAGAAAAGAUACUUCAAAUGAACAAGAUCAAGAGUUCUUUACUGAAAUAAAACUUCAAAAUUUACCAAAACAAGUGACAGAAACGCACCUGAAGGUAUUUCUCGAGGGUCAAGAUAUGGCAGAAGAAAUUGCAGAAUUCAAUGUUGUAAAUGUGGAUCUUCGGCCUGGAAAUGAUUCUGCAAUUAUUGAAUUGGACAAUCCUGAAGUUGCAAAACUUUUGUGUGAAAGACGCACACUUCAUUUGAAAGAUGUUGAAGUAUCAGUGGAACGAUUCAUACCAAGGAAAGUUAAUUCAUGUACAAUAGCAGUUUCUGGGUUGCCAAGAAUUGAUGAACAACUUGAACUUCUUGAAAUGUACUUUAAAGGCAAGAGGUCAAAAGGCAAUUCACAGAUUGUUAAUAAAUGGGUAGACCAAAAAAGAAACGAAGCGUAUUUUACUUACCAAAGUAAAGAAGUUGCUGAACGGGUUGCUGCCAAAACAGAUCAUGUGUUUGACCGACAUACUUUGAACGUUUCUCUGUUUACGGAAGACAACAUGAGUCAUGAUUUAACGAAAAAAAUACGUGUUUCAAAACUACCAGAUGAUAUUACAGAAAUGUACUUACAGACGCUUUUUGAACAACAAGAAAUGCCAUUUGACUUCAAUGUUGUCAGCGUUAUAUUGGAUUCCAAAGAAGCUUCUGCAAUUAUAGAGUUUGAUUGUCCCGAAGCUGUUUCCUUCAUGCUGACGAGGAAGCCAAUUACGAUAAAAGGAAAAGAAAUUGAAAUUAAAUAUUACGUGGAACAAUGCAGCAGUUUAUGUUCAAUAGAGGUCACAGGAAUUCCAAACAUUGAAGACCAUCUUGCCAAACUAUUUCAGUACUUCAAUAACAGUCAUAAGUCAAGAGGAGGGAAAAUUGUUGAAUAUUAUGCUGAACCAAAUUCAAACAAGGCAUACUUUACAUUUGAAAGUGGGACAGUUGCUGAGAGAGUUUUACUUAAGGACCACUCACAAGUUUGGAAGGGAAUACAACUGUCAUUAGUUCGUAAUAAUAAACACGAAGAGGAUGAAGUCCCUUCAAACAUGAUAAGGGUAUCUGGUAUUAGAAGGGUGGCAAGAGAAACACUCAAGUAUUAUUUCGAAAAUAAAUUGGCAUCCGGUGGCGGAAGCAUUGCAGCUAUUGAAGCUGAUCAAGAAGAUGAAGACGUGAUUUACAUUCAGUUUUCUGAAAAAGAAGUUGCUGAGUGUGUUGCUGGAAGAAGUCACGAAGUCGAGGGACAAACUAUCAAAACACGUAUCUAUAAAUCACCACCUUAUUACGAUACAAAGGUUUUGGUAAAAGGAAUCGCUUUGACAACUACAAAGGACAGUAUUUUCAAUUUCUUAGAGGCAAAAACAGGAAUAAAAGUGUUACAAAUUGCUUUUAGUGAAGAGGACGACAAUGUUAUUGUUGUGACAAUGGAGAAACCGCCAGACUUCACAAAGUUUAAAGAGGCAUGCCGACUUAACACUUUGGAAGGUGCAAGGCUCACGAUUGAUAAAAUACCUAUAUCUAGCUGUAUUUAUCUUGCAAACAUUUCUCCUGAAAUAACAGAAGAUACUCUGAGAUAUUACUUUGAAAGCAAAUUUGGAGAAAAGGGAAAAGUUGAUAAAGUACUUUUGACCAAAUCAGAGGGAAUUUGUCUAGUUUAUUUUGAAAAUUACAAAGUUGUCAAUAGUGUUUUGGAAAUGAAACAUACUCUCGGAGGCAGAGAACUAAAAGUAAGCUGUUACCAAAACCUACUAAAGGGAACUGAAGAAACACAUGAAAGAGUUCUUAAAGUGCCUAACCCGAUUGACUUGUCAAAUACUGCACCAGAAAUAAUACAAUUUUGCCAUACCGUACCCUUUUAUAGAACGAAAUUUGAAAAAGAAAUGUCAGAAGUGUAUGCAAAUAUAGUGUGGCCAAAGAAACCAGCAGAUAAAACAUUUAUAACGUGUACGCUUGAUUUAUCCGUCCGUGGUUGCUUUAAACAUGCCAAGACAUGGCAAGAACGAGUUGAGAAGAAAAUUACCAUAUUAUUGGCAGAUCUGUCCUUUACACAAAUUGACGUUCAUACAUAUAUUUGGGAAAAACUUAUUGGUUAUGUGCGAACAAUUUCAGUUGACAAACCACAAGAUGUGCAAAUAUAUCAGAUCAAAGAAAAAAAUGUCAUUAAUAUAGUAGGGAGAAAAGAAGUUGCAGAAGAAGUAAAACAAAAAGUUUUAUGUGAAAAUGAAAAGCUCGAGCAGGAAUAUGAGAAAGACCGACAGAAAGUUAGGGAAUAUAUGCGAGGAUUUCAGCCAAUUGAGGUCAGACUUAUGAACGUUACAAAUACAGCUCAAGUAAUACAACAACAUUUUGAUGACUUAACCAUAGAAAUCGACGAUGAAGAAAACGCUAUAAUAUUUGAGGGUCCCUUGCAUUCCGUCAAGGAUGCUCAAAUAAAAUUUUAUGAGAUGAAAAACAAUUUUGGGCGGAAAGAAGUUGAGUUAUUUUCAGACAUGUUAAUUUCAAUGUAUCAGUCAAAAGAGGCUGUUAGUUUCAUCCAAAAUCUUCUUCAAGAAAGUGGCUUACAAGCCUUGUGGGAAAUCAGGAAUUCUUCCCUUAUAGUAUGUUGCACACAGAACAAGAUGCUCGAAAAAUGUGCUGAAAUUAUUUUAACAAGCCUUGCAGAAGAACGAAUUGAAUAUAAUGCUGAAUCUGUUCCUGAUAUGAAGGCCGACAGUUGGCGAAGAACACAAGACAAUUUACGUAUCAGUUAUAAGGGGAACGUAGAAUUUAGUACUGAAGAAAAUAUAGUUAUUGUCUGUGCAACUAAGGAUAUACUUGCGACAGUCAUUUCAGAAGUAAAUAGGUUUAUAGAUUCAAAAACGAUACUGUCAAAGUUCUUUUCUUUUCCGAAAGAUGUAAUAAGGUUAAUUGAAAAGCAUCAUAAAUCAGACAUAACUGCUAUAACACUAGAACUCAGUGCAUACCAUGUUGAAAUAUUAAUGGCCGAAAAUUACAGUGGCAUGCAAGUGCAUGGGUUAGUCCUUGGAGUAGAAAAAGCAUCUAUGCAGUUACAAAAAUUGUGCAACAGAGUAAAGAAAAGAAAACACACCAUCAGAAAACCUGGUGUUGCUGAUUACAUUGGAAAAGCUAAGGGGAAAGACAACAUAAAUACGGUUGAGACAGUUUUGAAAUGUAUUGUUUCGAUUGAGGGAGGUGACCAGGGUAAUAAAGAAGUUGGAGAGAAACGUGUUGCCGCCGAAUGUACUUUUCUGGAUGGCAGAGUGUUAUUUGCAUUUGUCGGCGAUAUGACGGAGCUUGAAGUUGAUAUGAUUAUCAAUCCAGAUGAUGAAAAAAUACAUUUCCAUGGUGGCCUUGGAAGAGCCAUAAUUUCUAAAGGUGGUGCAAGUAUAAAAAAAGAAUGUGAAGACUUUAUCAAAGAAAAUGGGGAUCUGGCAGUUGAUGAUGUUUUUGUAAGCGAGGGAGGAAAUUUGAACGCAAAGUAUGUAAGUCAUAUAUUAAGCCAUGAAUGGAGAAAAGGAACCGGCAACCAAAUAAAAACAUUAGGUGAUUCCGUUUUUAACUGUUUGACAGAGGCCACGAAACGGAGGUUAAGUUCUAUAGCAAUACCUGCCAUUGGUUGCGGUGUGAACGGGUUUCCACCUGACAUCGCAACAGAAACUAUCAUAAGAUCUGUCAAACAAUUUUUCUUAGAAGUGCAGCAUAGUCCUGUUACGGAAGUUUAUGUGUGUGAUUAUGAUGAGAAAAAGGUUCAAUGUUUCACGAAUGCUCUAUGUUCCGAAUUUGGGCGUGACAAAGUGUCAACUUUUAGCAGAGAUCCUCAGCCUCUCAUUGGAAAUAUGAAUAAAAACUCCGUGAACAUGACGGGAAAGAAGAAAUCUUCGAAAUCGAAGAUUUCAAAAACCAAAGAUGCCGAUGUCGAAAUACCGAUAUUGAAGAUUUUAAAUGGAGUUCAAAUAGGAAAAUUGAAAGUCAAGAUUGUUAAAGGAGAAAUUUCGUCAGAAAAGGUUAAUGUGAUUGUAAACUCAACAUCAAGUGAUUUGACCCUAGCAAACGGAGCUGUGUCUAUCUCGUUACUGAAUGUGGCUGGUAAAAAAAUGCAGGAAGAGGUCCGUUCAAAAUAUCCAAAUGGUCUAAAUAAUAUUAAUAUAGCUAUAACAUCGGGUUACAAACUCAAGUGUAAGCACGUUUAUCACACUGCUUUGGACCAGUUCGAUGCCAACAAGGAAAUGGAGUGUAGAAAGCGCCUGUUUGACCUUAUCUCUGAGUGUCUCGAGGAAGCUGAUAAUCAAGGAAACUCGAGCAUAGCUUUGCCAGCUUUUGGAACAGGACAGCUUGAUUAUCCUCAAGAUGUAGUUGCGGAGGAAAUGUAUAAAGCAGUAAUUACCUUCGGAAGAACAGGAUUAAAAAAGAAAUUACACGACGUGCGCUUCGUUUUGUACUACAAAGAUGAUACAUGUAUUCAGGCAUUUGAAAAUGAAGAGUCAAAGAUACUUCGCAAUGGAAUAUCAGCUAAAAAGGGAGAUGAUUUUGAAGACACGUGCUAUGAAUUACCGUCAAAUGACAGCGAAUCUAUCACACGUAUGUUCGGAAGGGUCACACUUACUGUAAAACUUGGUGAUUUACUGGCAGAGAAGGCACACUGUAUCGUUAACAGCACCAAUGUAGAUUUGGAUUUGUCUGUUGGUGCCGUAUCAAAAGUUAUUUUACAACAAGGGGGUCAGAUGUUGCAAGCAGAGCUUGAUCGAAAAAAGAAUAUGAUGAAGAGUGAGUUUUUAGUUGUGACAAGUGCUCCAAACUUACCAAGUAAUUCAAUUAUGCACAUUGUUGUGAAUACAGAUGAAAUAACAGAGACUGUCCUGAAAUGUCUGGAAGAAGCAGAGCAGCAAAAAAUGACAAGCUUAGCUUUCCCAGCACUUGGCACAGGUAUGAACACGUCAGAUUCUUCGACUAUCGGUCGGGGAAUGGUCGAUGCUGUCGAAGAAUUCUCGAAUACAAAUCCAAAGCAUUUGAAGGAUGUUAGAUUUGUGGUUUUUCAAAGACCGAUGCUCCGAGAUUUCAUUAAAGUUGCGUAUGAUGCGAAUGAUAUAAAAAGUAAAAAAGGUUUAAUUGGGAAACUGUGGUCAAAUGUCAAAGGAGUGUUCAGUGGUAGUUACGAUAAUGAUGACCCAAAUAAAAGUCAAAAAGAUUCGUCACAGGACGAGACUGACGUCAACAAAGUUACAUUUUAUAUCUAUUCUCUCGGCGAGGAUGAAAUAGAUAAGGCAAUAAGGAAACUUGAUUCAUUUAUUGAAAAAGAAGUUGAGUCAAAGACAUUCACUGAUUACAUUAUACAGCAACUUGAUGAAGAUCAGGUUUCAGAAGUUACAUCCAUAGCAAAGCAUUAUAACAUUGACAUCAAAAUAGAUCAACAAAGCUGUAUGAUAAAGAUCUGUGGGAUGAAGGACAAUUUUUUCAAGGCGUAUGAUAAAAUACAAAGUUUUAUCAAGGAUGCAAUACAAAUGGAUUACAUGUCGAACAUUGCUCAAUGGUAUGUCAUUGAAGUAACAGAAGACGGAGAAGAUGUUCAACCGUAUGAAAGAGACCUUAACCUGAAAAUAGAAACACGUUAUAAACAAAAUGCUCAGGAAAUGGGAUAUACCGGUGUAGACGGUAGGGAUUACAUCAUUAACUUUGAAGCAAUGGAAGAAUAUCCCGAGACUGACAAAACGGCAGUGGCAAAAGUUCUUAGAAGGAAUGUUGUGAAAGGAGGUUCAUUUGAUAUUCCGCCUAAUUGGGGUGAUAUGCAAGGAGGCAAUCUCAGAGUUAUAGAUCUUAAACAAGAUGCUCAAGAGUACAUAGAAAUGAAACAGAAAUUUUUGGAUUCUGCUUCUUCAGACUACGAAGUUUUAAAGAUUCAGAAAAUACAAAACAAAACUCUUUGGGAACAGUACCAAAGUAAACGGAAUCAACUGGAAGCAAGAAAUAAACCAGAGACCCAGAACGAAAGAAUGUUGUGGCAUGGUACGAAAGCUGAAGCAGUUGACAGUAUUAAUAUUCACGGAUUUAAUCGCAGCUUUUGUGGACAAAAUGCUGUGGCUUUUGGAUAUGGUGUCUAUUUCGCCGUUGAAGCUGAUUACUCAUGUGACGAUACUUACUCUGUACCGGACGCAAAUGAUGUGAAGAGAAUAUAUUACAGUCGAGUACUCACCGGUGAAUAUACCACUGGUGUCCACGGAUUACGCCAGCCACCAGCAAAACCUGUUGGCGGACCUCACAACCUCUACGAUUCGGUCAUCGACGACCCCGAUUAUAAUCAAAUGUUUGUUGUUUUUAAUGAUACACAAGCAUACCCAGAAUACCUUAUAUUCUUCAAAUAAAUAAGAAUUAUUAGGUGUAAUAUGCAGAGCUUUUGUCACCUUAACAAAUUGUAUAACGUUUUCAUAUUUGGUGGUUGUAAAUAAGCAAAAUGCUGAUUUUAAAUGUAAAAAGUAUUCAAGACUAAAAAUACAAAACAUGAAUUUUUGUCUUUGAUAUUUGUUCAGUCAUAUCUUGGUAUUGUAUGUACACAAGAUAGAUCAUUCAACAAUACGCGCUUUAGCAAGUGAAGCACAAAACGCAAUUUCCAAUUAAGAAGCAUAUUCAUUAACUUUUCAGAUGUGUCCAUUCAUAGAUAUAUAUUGCCAAUUUUGAAUUAUUCUUGUGAAAUGUUGGAAUUUCACAAUGUUGAAACAUUGGACGAGUGCAUAAUAUGUAUCGUAAAAGUAUUUAAGAGUUAAGCGUUCUGCAUGUAUAUAGUAAUAAGGUAGACUUAAUAUAUAUUGUCAUACCUAUAUUUUCGUUCAACUGAUAAAAUAGCAGUGUCAAACAACAUACACGAGUGUUGUAUAAUAUGUUUUUUGACUGAAACAGAUAUACACCCAAAUAAAAUGUUUCGGGUUAUUAUAGUCAGAUAUAAACUAUCUACACUGUGUUUUUAUUAAGAAUGGCGUGCACAGGGGUGUAAGUAAUUUUGAUGCUUUAUGAAUAUUUCAAAACAACAUAUUCCUGAUAAUAAUUUUCUGUUAUUACACGAGUGUUUAGUUAAUUCAAUUCACGCAGCCCUUUUCAAAGGGAUAAUUGAUUUUGAUAUUCUUGAGAAACUUAUACAAGCUCUAUUGAUACUUUCACAUAAUCUUAAAACGGAAACUAGUAGAUGGCACAGGCGACAUAAUCUUAAAGCAGAGUAAAUAGCACCGGGAUAGAAGUAUAAUGUUACUUAUAGGAAAAGCACGAUUUGCAAUAAGAUUGCAGAUUUGUAUCAUUUAUUUUAGAAUGUUCAUGUUAUAAAAAAAUUAUUUUCACAAUAAACAUGUUUCAAGAAAUAUGUUUUGAGUAGAUUUAAUCUGUAUAAUUUAAAGCAAUUGUCUGACAGCAAAAUGAAAUAUGGUUCUAUCUAAAUCUCUUUUAUUUUAUAAAAAAAACUUUGAAUAAUGUAUAAUAUGUCAAUGAUGUAACAUAUAUAAUAUAUUUUGUUUCUUUGAGACACCAAGUCAUUUGUUAUUUGAUCAAGUAACGUGACACGUGACUUGCUGUUUUUGUUUAUAUAUAUAUAUAAUUUUGUAGACCAAUACCAAUAAUCAAGCUUUAUUUCAUGCCUACUCACUGGAUCGGCAAAAGUGAUGAUUCAUAAGUAUCUUUCAACUUUGUUUAAAACCAUUCGGAGAAGCUUACAUUACGAGAUUGAAUGAAAAUGAAUGAAGGCUAGAUUCUUUUUGAUUUCAAAAGUAAUUGUAUUUGUUUUUUGCUUUGUUUUGUUUUGAUAUUAAUACGUGGACUGUUCAAAUAUGAAUGCAUCUAAGCAUGAAAAUUUGAUUCUUCACAGUUUUUUUGUUUUCUGAAAGUAUUUACCUCCAACAGAUACAAUAAGUUUUAUUCAAUAUUCAAAGUUGGAUUUGUUAAUUGAAAGCAUUUUCAUAGUCCUUCUAGGUUUACUUUGAAGACACUGGAAUAUUGCAGAACUGAAAUGUUUGUGCUGAAAAAGUGUUCGAAAAGUUUUUUCUUAAGCUUCGGAAACAAAAAAGUCACAAAGUGCAAGGUCAGGAGGGAAAUACGUAGGAUGGGGGAGCACAUUAGGUAGUCUUACAUUAUAGACGACUUGUGAGAUGUCGCAUUGUCAUGUAGCAAUCUGACAUGUGGCGGAACUUCGUUUUUGAACUUAUUUGUUUAAGUUUCGAAUACUUCUGUAAAAUUUUGAAUUAACAGAUUUUCCAACUUGUAACUGAUGGGACCCUGAGUAGUAAAAAAAAUGGCAGACAUUAACUUUUAAUGAUGGUAAUUCUCUCAAUGCAUAGUCCAGACUUUGUAGUCCAAAUCUUUUUAGGUGUUUUCGUUUUGACUAAUGAAAAUGAACCCAUGUUUUGUUACGACAUUUGCAAAAUACCGUGCAUUGUAUUUUGGAUACAGUUUGAGAACAACUUAUCGCAUUUCCCGUGAGCCUUUUUCUGCUCAUCUGCCAGCAAAUGGGGAAUCAAUGUAGCACAAAACAUUCUCAUUUUUAAAUCACGUUCGCGAAUGGUAUGAGCUCCUCCAAAUGAGAUUCCAGCGACACCAGUUAUUUGCCUAGACGUGUAUCUUGCAUCGGAAUUUACUAUUUCUUACACUCUUGAGAUAAUCUUGGCAGGUUUUGCUGUUAAUGACCGACGAUAGGGUGCAUAUUCAGUUGAAAUUAACCCGCAUUUGAUGAUUAACCAUCAAAUAACUGAUUGAAAAAACCAUUUUAUUUUGUCCAUAUACUUAACAGCUAAAUUUCAUUAACCCUAUGCCAAGGAGACAACGAUUCUUAAUAUAAGAUCGCACUUCAGUGGCAUUAUCUGAUCUUCUACCAACUAUUGUUGCAUUACUAUAUACGAGUAGAUGAUUUACAGUAGCUAAAUUGAACAGAUUUUAAUGAAUGUGGUAUCAAUGUAAAGCACCGAUAUCUUUCAUUUCGUGUGUUUUUCGCAAUAUUGAGGUGUAUUCAUAUUUGAACACUUUAAGUAAAAGACAUAGAAUGCUAAUUGCCGCGCGUUUUAAACAAAAAUUUAAUGACUAUGUUAUGUAUAUGUGUGUAUAAGAAGUUAAAGUGUUGCAUCCUUUUAUAUUGACAUUUCUUGUAUUUCUGAAUUCAUAUCUUUUUCCAAAGUAAAGAAGAAAUAAUGAAUCAUUGAUGUUAAAAUAUAAAACGAAAGCACAAAUACCUGCUCACAACCCUUUUCAUUUAAAAGAAAAUAUUCAGAAUCGCAAUUUUUAAAUGUUAUAAAGAAAUACCAAUGGUGAAUUCUUACUUCAUUUAUGACUUAUAUAUGAAGUAAGAAAUGUAAAGAAUGAAGAGAAUCAAAGGGCUGCAAGCUCUGUGGUAUUUUCUGAUCUUUGCAAUCUAAAUCGUACUUUAUAUCUGUAUGUAUUUUCCUGUAUAAGUUUAUUUUUAUGUACUAUAAUUCAUCUUGAAAAGCACCAGAGUUUGAUACAAUCGGAAUUUUGCAUAACUACAGUAGAGUUGCAUCAAGAAAUCAUUUAUGUUCAUUUUUUAUGACAGCCACACUUUAUCAUUGCAUAUCAUGGCUACUUCCUUAACAAAGACACUUAAAAAAGAAUUAAAAAAAAUUGCUUCGACUAGGAUUUGAACUCCAGACCUCUCACACACUAAACCAGCACCACGGAGUAGUUAUUGUACAAUGUCUGAAUAAAAUCAAGUCGUUCUAAAUUUAGAACUUCCAUUGCAUUCCGGGUUUGUAAUCCUUAUUUAUUUCGAGGUCAGAUUUAUUUGUGUUGUAUUCGGUUAUCGACAUCGCUAAAAGUAGCAUUUUCAUUGAUUAAAAUCAAAUUCAUCCGCGUAAUUUGUGAGUGUGCAUUUAUUGACAAUUCUAUAAGCCAACGCUACUUUUAAACUUUGAAUGCGUUAUAAUUUGUUGGAUACUUGUAACAAAAUAAAAAUAUUUCUUUCUUUUAAAUCGCUAGUUUUAAGCUGUUUUGAGAACAACUUAUUGUUAGGUCUGUCGGGAACUUCUGUGUCAGAGAUUGAACGUCAGCUUUCGGUCAGAAAAUACAAAAAUCAACCUUAAAAUAAUUUAAGAUAUUAAGUAUUUUAGUUUUCUCAACUGUUGUCGUUUUAAGCAUAUAUUUGAUGAGUGUUUUUAACUUUUGCAGUAUCUUGCUUACCAAUGUUAUUUAUCAAUUAAAUGCAAGUUUAUUCUGCAUUGUAAAAAAAACUGUUAUGCUUUACCAUUUAAUGAUAAAUGUUUUCGUAUUUACAAAUACAGAUUGCGAAUGACAUUAUAGUGCUUUUAUAAUGCCUUGUUUCUGAGAUGGUAUAUAUGUAAAAGUCAUGUUAAUUUGUAUAUUUAUCUUAUAAAGAAAGAUAAAUCUAUCUUAGAGGAUAUAUUUUAGAUAAUGUUUGAAAUAUACUUAUGUGAGAAUGUGAAUGUUAUUGGUAAAAAUGUAUUAAAUAUAACUAUUUUCAUGACCAGCAUAGAAUGAAAACGUUAUUAUUCUUUUUAAUUGAAAAAAGACGUAAUAUACAUGUUUAUUUUAUGCUUUUCAGCGGAUUACUGAUUUAUCCGUGAAAAUUAUAUUUGAUAAUUUCACAGUGAAAAUUAUCAAAAUAUAAUUUCACACUUUUCAAUGACGAAUCUACUUUUUUAAGGUUUUCCCCAUGUGGUACCUCAAUUUUAUUUUUGCUGACUAUUCAGUCAAUGUCAGGCUGUUUAAAGAAAAGCAAAACUGAAAUUGAUAAAUAACUUAUAUGUCAAAAGUAAUAAAAAGAAGAAAACUUACAGUAAGUUACUUCUAUUCAUUCAAAUUACCAAUCACCAAAUACCGUCUCUUUAAUUUUUUGUUUCAUUUUUACAGUCUGAAAAAUACAUUCCUUCCUCUUUCAAAACUGCUCUUGAUGACAUUUGGGAAUAUUUAAGUAUCCUACGAGCAAAAACUGCCGUAUGCUUUAUGAAAACUUGAAAAGCAAUGCCGCAGCUUUCAGUCGAAGAAUAUGUAAACAACCCAGCGUUCGUAAGGCUUCCAAGUUUUCCAAUUUCCUAUCCACUUUUUUUAAUGUUUACACAUCUGUCAACACUGAUUUAUUGUCUGUUACAAUCCUCAAAUAAGUUUUCUUUCUUUUAAAAAGGUGUAUGACUAACUUAUCCUAAUGAUAUCCCUCUGAAUCAAACACAAUUAUUUUCCUCCAGUGAAAUACACAACUUUAAAAAUGGCGGCCGCUUACAUUUAACAUAGCCAGGUCUAAUAUAAAUUCGCAGUCAGUAACAGAAAUAUAGAUGGAUGGUUGGACUUUUUCUCCUACUAGAAUUGUUUGUUUUUAUUAUUUAAACAUGCGAUCAGACAUAUUGUUUUAAUAAAAUGAAUACUAUCACCACCAUUUAACGUUGAUUGUGGAACUUAUUUUUCAGCCCAUGACUUCUUAUAUUUAAUGAGAAAUUCCACUUUUUUGAGGCUCUAAAUGGGGAAACAGAAUAUUAACGUAAAUAUUAAGGAAAUUUCGUUUUAACUUGUUUUUAAGCCUAAAAUAAAAAGAAAAUUUGUUUGUUUGUUGUGUAAGAUGUAAUUUUAUUUCAUCUCGUGAACUUUAAAAACAGUAUUCUCACUCGUGGCUACGCCACUCGUGAGAAUACUGUUUUUAAAGCCCACUCGAUGAAAUAAAAUUUCAUCUUACACACAAACAAACAAAUAUCCACCAUAUAGUAAUGGUUUGAAUUGAUUUAAUAAUAAAGAUUGUGAAUGAAUAUAGUAAGAAAUAGACUUAACCAGUAAAGGCUUUAGCUGUAUGUUUUGAAUUAAAGGGACUCCACUGAAAUUUUUAGACAUGAUGGGACUGAAAAUAUUUUUUUCCAGAUAAUGUAUCAUUUGAUGUAGGUUUAGAACACUAAUUUUAGUGUAAAAUUUCAGAUCAUUCGCGCACUUCGUUUUACAGAAUAAUUAUUCAAAUGGUAAAAAAUGACCCAAAAUGAAAGGCGUUUAAACGCUUUUCACUUAAAUCGGGCUAAGAAAAGCAUAACAGUACGAUUUUCCUGUUUAAAGUGCCCUAGCUCAUUUAUGUAAAAAAUUCAAAUGUUAUGUUUUAGGCUUUUAAACCUCAGUGGAGUCCCUUUAAGAUGUAGAUAGAGUUAAGUAUUUUCGCUAUGUACAAAUGAGAAUAAAAGAUCAACAUAAAAAAAUAUGCUAGUAUUGUACGUAUAUACUAAAUGCGCCAAAAAUGAGUAAUUUACAUACUUUAAGAAACUUUUGAAAUUGAAAACUAUUUUUAUAACGUUAAGAACGUCUGCUUGAUAAUGCAUUAACUAAAUCUUGUAUAGAUGAGCUAAUAUUUUGAAUAUUGAAACUCAAGGUUAGUAAAUAACGAUAAAUUAACUAUUCAAGUCGCUGAAACUGAGUUCUUUUUUACCUAUAUAUUUUGCAUAUUCAUAUUCACAUUUUAGAAAAAAGCUUUUGAAUAUAGGCGACAUAUAUUUGUAUAUCUUAUAAAUAAACCCAGCAAAUGAAAAAAUACACAUACAAGUACUGUUGUUAAUUCUUUUAAUAUAAGAAUAAAUGUUAAGAGAAAAAGGUUUGUGAAAUAUUGAUUAAUUGUAAAAUCUUUUUAAUAAUGUAUAUUGUGUGUUUACUGUAUCUGUAAAAAUUGCUGUGAAGUUAUGAACAUAUAUAAAUGUUCCCUAUGAACUUAUGCAUAUUAAUAUGGUACGUAUGCACUAAUUAAUGUGAACUUAUUAUUUAUGCUAUUGAAUGUUAUUGUUUGAUAUAGAUAAGCUAAAAGAUACCAUAUGGUGAUUAUUAAAAAGUCAUUAUUGUUUGUGGGACAAAGAUUUACCUGGUUUUAAUGGAUAAGUCUAUACAAGAUUUUAGGUUUCAACGAACUUUUAUUUCUUUUUCUACGAAACUUUAUUUCGUCUAUUGUUUUCUUUUGCAAAAAAGUCAAUUCGCGAAUUUAAGAACCUCGCGAUAAUGUCUUUUUUAAACCAAACUUCAAAAUGUCAUGCCCACGAAAUGAAAUGAAUUCACACUAGAUCGAUUAAAGUAAUGACUUUAUAUGAGGACUUCAUUGUUAUGUACGACGUUAUGAGACAACUUGUUUACGAGUUUAAGUAGAACAAAAUGUAUACAUGUAGAUGAGUUAUCUUUUGUAAUCAACUGUUUUAAUUAUAUCAUAUAAUACAAAUACAAAAUAUGUAAGUUAAUAUGCGUAUCUUAAUUGUGUGACUCUUUAAACGUUUUAUUAAUAUAUCUCUGUUUUCUUUCUUUGUUUAAAAUAAAAGUUUUGUAUGCUAAAGAGGUUGCUAUCGUCGAAAAUGACAUUUCUUUUAUUAAAUUUGUUUCUUUCCCUUACAAGCACUUUAUUUACUAUCAAAACAAGAAUAUAAUUUUUGGCUCACCUUCUCUUAAGGGUAAACUGAUCAAUAAGAAAUACAAAUAAUGAAGAUGGAAGUCAAACUUAAAGUUUUGCUGUUUCUGCUAUUUGACCAACACAUGUUGUUUCAUAUUUAUUUUAUUAAAAUCUUAAAUUUUUCAAACUUUCUACUUUAAAGACAGAUGUUAACAUACCUAUUAAGUGGUGUAGGAAUCACGACAGUAUGAUUGAAUUUACCAGAAAAGAUUUCAGCCACCGCAUCGUCCCUUGAAAGACAAUCAGUUUAUCAGUACUAGUUGCCUUCAAUAUUGCAAGGAACGAAUAACUUCUGUACUGAAACUUGCGAAUGACCUUAGAUCGUUACCUGCAUCGUCCGGGAAUCGAACCCGGUUCGCGCGAUUUACUGUCCAACGCUCUUCCUUUUGAGCUAAUCGGACGAUACAUGCCUAAGUAGACUGGUCAUUUGUGAUAUGACAAGCAAAAAUAGUAAACUUGAUUUUUCGCUUUUAAAAAGCCUUGUACAAGAAGAGAAACUGAUAGCAAACAUCAUGGAUCCUGAUCAGACUGCGCUGAUGCGCAGGCUGAUCUGGAUCUAUGCUGGUCGCAAACGCACUAUGUUUUUUUGUCAUGGCGCUGCUCAUAUAUAGACAAUACAAGCUUUUAAUACUAGUUGAUAACUGAUAUAUAUUUUAAAAAUACAGAGUGAAAGGAAAUACCUUCGUAACAAGAUUGCAUUCACAUCUUAUAUUAUUAAAAUUCUUUCAAAUGCCAGUAGAAAAGUUUACCCAGUCAUUAUUUGAGCAUAAACUUUAAAUACUUUAAGUAAAUUUUAAAACCAUUCAACCACGUGUCAUUUUUUCUGAAACGCUGUCGGUAAAAUGUUCAGACGGCAAUGACUCAAUCUAAAACCUCUUGUUAUUUGAUAUUUAAUAAACAGGUAUAAAAGAUAUGCGUUUGUAUAAAUUUGAUUAUUUGUAACUUGAUACCGGAGAUAUAUUUAGUCCUAUUCAACAUCAUAACAAAUCGCAACUCCAUGGUUUGUUAUUUAGUAUUUUUUUGUUGUCUGUCACCAAAUUACUUUUACAAAUCUAAUUUUGUACAAUAUCCGUGCUCUUAAGUAACAAAUACACACAAUUUUACAUAUAUGUAUGAUAGACA